AUGUUGACUCUCUCCCGCCAGUUAAUCUGCGUCGUUUCUCUCGCUGUAGGGGCUUACACUGCUCCGGCUGCCUCUUCGUCGGACGUACCGCUCUCCCUCUCCUCUGCUCUUUCUGCACCAUCCGUUUCCGCUGCAUCUUCUACAACAGAGACUGCUAGUGCUUCUGCCGCUGCAGCGAGCCCUAGCACCACAGUCCCUCUAGCACCGACAGCUGCUAACGGACCAAUAUUCACCCCGGGGGCAGACGUUCAGCCUUCGCCUACCAGAGGUGCACUUGGUGGUUCCAUUUUGGGGCCUCAGAAUAUUGCUAUUGACCAGCAGAACCCUGACAUCCUCGCGCCUCCUACAACUGAUCACGGAGACGUGUCCAACGCCAAAUGGCCAUUCGGCCUCAGCCAUAAUCGCCUCCAGACCGGAGGUUGGGCUCGACAACAAAACAUUGAAGUCAUGCCGAUGGCAACUCAAAUGGCCGGUGUGAACAUGCGUCUAGAACCAGGCGCUAUUCGAGAGUUACAUUGGCACAAGACCUCGGAGUGGGCUUAUGUCAUUAAGGGAUCUACUCAAAUCUCCGCGGUGGACCAGGACGGCAAAAACUUUCUAGCCACUGUGGAACCCGGCGAUCUCUGGUACUUCCCGCCCGGGAUUCCACACUCUCUCCAAGCCACGAACGAGUCGACCGAUGGUACCGAGUUUUUACUGGUGUUUGAUGACGGUGCUUUCAGCGAGGAUGCCACAUUCUUGCUUACCGACUGGUUAUCUCAUGUCCCGAAAGAGGUCCUGGCCAAAAACUUCCAGAUAGAUAUGUCCAACUUCGAUGGGAUUCCUGCACAAGAGCUAUACAUAUUCCCAGCUGCGCCCCCACCGGUUGACGCAUCAGCACCUCCGGAUCCGAUGGGCGGAGUACCUGAGGGGUUCUCCUUCGCCAUGUCCCAGAUGAAUGUAACGCAAUUAAGUGGAGGGACCGUCAAGAUUGUGGACUCUACGAAUUUCCCGAUUGCCACGACUAUUGCCGCUGCAGAUGUUACAGUCGAGCCCGGCGCCAUUCGUGAAUUGCACUGGCAUCCCACGCAGGACGAGUGGUCCUUCUUCCUUGAGGGUACUGGACGAAUGACUAUCUUCGCAUCUCAGAGCAACGCUCGAACCUUUGAUUACGAGGCCGGAGAUGUCGGAUAUGUACCGGCUUCGAUGGGCCACUACAUAGAGAAUGUCGGCAAUACUACCCUGCACUACUUGGAAAUAUUCAAGACAGAUCGUUUCUCGGACGUCAGUCUUAGCCAGUGGCUGGCACUCACCCCUCCCGCUCUUGUGAAGGCACAUCUCGGGUUAUCGGACGAAGUCAUCGCUCAGCUGAACAAGACCAAGCAAGUGGUGGUCGGGCCGCGUACUUCUUCAUGA